AUGGAUGGGAAUAUUGAAUGUGACGAAGAUGUCAUAAGCACACGUACUACUAGACUAGACGGGAAACCAAGGCUUGAUUCAUUUUUUAACAAAGAUGGGUUACUAUUAAGAAGCUACGGAUGGUUAGUGAAAAACGCCAUAGGCAUUAUAAUACUAAUUCAUGGUCUAAAUUCACAUGCAAGGUUAACCUUUUUAAGACAUAAUGUUGAGAUCGUGGAUAACUCCAGGGCUAUAUUAAAAGAUGAAAACAAUUAUUACGUGUACGACAACAGCUGGAUAGAACGUUUCAAUAAUAAUGGGUAUUCUGUGUUUGCCUUAGAUUUACAAGGACACGGACUGUCCGAUGGGUGGGACAACUUAAGUCUUAAUAUUAACAACUUUGAUGAUUCAGUGCUUGACGUAAUACAAUAUCUUAAUAUAAUUAAUGAUGAAUUAUGUUUAGAAGAUAAAGAACAUGAGUCCAAGGCAACUUGGGCUAACGCUAAGGAUUGUGCUACGCCAUGUGAUGGUGACAAUGAAGGUAAUAGUGAUGAAAGUAACAAAAAUGUGGGGUGUAAUAAUGAUCUCCAAGAUGAUAAUGAACUUCAAAACGAUAAUAGGCCUGGGUGUAGUAAAGCACGUAGCAAUAAUAAAUGUUCUUCACUUCCAAUAUUCAUAAUUGGCCAAUCAAUGGGAGGAAAUAUUGCUUUAAGAACAUUACAACUGUUAGAGAGGACACAAAACAAUGGGAAAGGAAAAUUAAACAUUCAUGGAUGUAUCUCAUUAUCAAGUAUGAUUCGUGUUCAGAGAAUAGCUUCACCACGUUCAUAUAAAUAUAAAUAUUUUUAUUUACCAUUUUUAAGAUUAAUUAGUGGCUUUUUCCCAAAGUCAAGAUUUGUUACAAAAAGUGGAUUUCAAAAAUAUGCCUAUCUUAAUGAUCUUGCUAAGUAUGAUAAAAUUCGAUGUAAAAUGGGCGUAACUUUUAAAUUUUGGUGUGAACUUCUGAAAGCGACGAUUAACUUAGAGAAUGAUAUGCACCUUAUCCCCAGUGAUAUUCCUAUAUUGCUAAUUCAUUCCAAAGAUGAUAUUGUUUGUGAUUACAGAGGUGCAUUAUCAUUUUUUAAUAGAUUAAUUAAUGAUAAUAAAAAAUUGAUUACGGUAGAAAAUAUGGAGCACGGGUUGACUAUAGAGCCUGGAAACGAAAAGGUCUUAGAAAGCAUCUUAGAUUGGAUUGCUAAAGUAGAAAAAAAAAAAGGAAAUGGCCGAACCUUUAGAGGCAAAAACUAA